UGCUAAUGCCCGUCCCCUGCCACCAAUCCUCUGUGUUCCCCCCGCCCUUUGUUUUUAGUUUUCUCUUUGCCAAACAGAAACUCCAUUUUCUUUGCCAAAAGCCGGAAAUCAAACCAAACCCUUCCAACUUUCCGGCUAAAAGCAAAUUCAGUGGAGAAUGGUAUCACCUGAAAACACCAAUUAUUGGUCUAGCUUUGAUUAUGCAACCUUGAUCAAUGAUAUCCCUGCCCCUAACGGACCUUAUUCCGGAUUUUCUUGGCCCACUCGGCCAAUCAAUGCAUCUUCUAAUGUUUUCAGUGUGGAAAUUGACGGCUCGUUUGAGGAUUCAGAUGGCCUUAAGGAAUCUGGUUCAAAGAAGAGAGUUAGAUCUGAGUCUUGCAAUGUUUCAAGCUCCAAAGCAUGCAGGGAGAAGUUGCGUAGGGAUAAGCUAAAUGAGAAGUUUAUGGAGCUGAGUUCUAUUUUGGAACCUGAAAAGCCUCCCAAGACAGACAAGGCUGCUAUUUUGGUUGAUGCUGUCCGAAUGGUAACCCAGUUACGAGGUGAAGCCCAGAAAUUGAAGGAUUCAAUUUCAAGUCUCCAUGACAGGAUUAAAGAAUUGAAGGCUGAAAAGAAUGAACUUCGUGAUGAAAAGCAAAGGCUGAAGGCCGAGAAGGAAAAGCUGGAGCAACAGCUGAAGGCCAUGAAUUCACAACCCAGCUUCAUGCCUCCUGCACCUGCAUUCCCUGCUGCAUUUGCUACUGCCCAAGGUCAAGUUCCAGGAAACAAGUUGGUUCCUUUCUUUGGUUAUCCUGGAGUUGCCAUGUGGCAGUUUAUGCUGCCUGCGUCGUUAGACACCUCAGAGGAUCAUGUACUCCGCCCUCCGGUUGCCUAAGGUGGCAACCUACAAUGAUUUGGGUUUGCAUUUUGAUACAAAGAAGUGUAUGCAGUUGGUCAUUAUUCUCAGAUGUUCUAGUUUUAACUGAAGAAACUAACUGGAUUUAUUGGGUGACUCAAUUGUAAUGUAAUGAUUUGAAGCUGGUAAAUCACUUGUAAAUUUUUAGUAAUUUCAUCUGCUAAUACAUGUAUCCCUCUUCAAUUA